AUGUCGAAAUCUGUAAACGUCGCUAUCAUCGGUGCUGGUGUUGUGGGCUCUGCGUUCAUCAACCAAUUGGCGAACUUGAAAGCUCCCGUGGCCUUUAAAGUGGUGUACUUGGCCAGAUCCUCCAAAGAGGCCGUGUUCUCCAAGGACUACUCAGCCGUCGAUUUGAAAAAUUACAAAACUGCACCAGCCCAGGCUGUUUUGCCAUUGGAUGAGUUGACUUCCUACUUGACAGCCGCAAAAAGACCUACCAUCUUGGUUGACAACACGUCAAACUCCUCAAUUGCCGACUUUUACCCUAAGUUCGUGGAAGCUGGGAUCUCCAUCGCUACUCCCAACAAAAAGGCCUUCUCCUCUGACUUGGCCACUUGGAAUGACAUUUUCAAGAAGUCGGCUGCCGCAAAUGGAGGCUUGGUCUAUCAUGAGGCUACUGUGGGUGCUGGUUUACCAAUUAUUGGUCCAUUGAGAGACUUGGUGCUCACUGGUGACAAGGUGGAGAAGAUCGAGGGCAUUCUUUCUGGAUCUUUGUCCUAUGUGUUCAACACUCUUUCUACCAGCGAGAAGUCUGACAAGAAGUUCUCUGAUGUUGUAAAGGUGGCUAAGGAUUUGGGUUACCUCGAGCCAGAUCCAAGAGAUGACUUGAAUGGUAUGGACUUCGCCAGAAAGGUCACCAUCUUGGCUCGUAUUGCUGGAUUUGAAGUGGAGUCUCCAAAUUCUUUCGCCGUUGACUCUUUGGUUCCACAACCUUUGGAGUCCUUGGCCACUGGUGCUGAGUUCUUGGAGAAGUUGCCAGAAUACGACAACGACUUUCAAAAGCGCAAGGAUGAUGCCUUGGCAGAGAACAAGGUUUUGAGGUACGUCGGCCAAGUUGACUUCAAAGCUAACAAAGUCUCUGUCGGUAUUGCUAAGUACGACUUUGAUCAUCCAUUCGCAUCCUUAAAGGGCUCAGAUAACGUGGUCUCCAUUAAAACUGAAAGAUACUCAAAUCCUUUGAUCAUCCAGGGUGCUGGUGCCGGUGCUGAAGUCACUGCUCACGGUGUUUUGGCCGACGCUAUAAAGAUCGCUGAAAGAAUUGCAAACUAA